UCAACUCAUUCAACAGAUUUUUAGGUCGAACAAAAUAUGUCUUUGGAGUUGCUCAAAUGGAUUAUGCUCGGAGUUAUGGCCUUGAUGACUAUAAUUUUUGGCCUAUUACCGAUAAAGGUAAUUUCCUACCUGAACACGACGAAAAGUGCAAUUCACCAACACUCUUCCCUUAUUCUCUCACUAUUUUCCUGUUUUGCCGGAGGAGUUUUCCUGUCUGUAUGCUUUUUGGAUAUGCUACCGGAUUGCUUAGAAGCCUGGGAAUCCGUACAAACCGACACAAACUACACCAGUGACUACCCAUUCGUCCAACUAAUCGCCCUACUCGGCUUCUUCUUCGUCUACCUCACCGAAGAGUUAUCCAGUGUGAUCUGUAAUGUAGGCCAUGGGCAUUCACAUUCAAAUGAUCCAAUUAUGGAGUCCAAUGUGACAUUUCCACGUGCGAGACUAGCUACUGUAGGCAGUAUUUUCAAUGUGGAGGGGAAUUUAGUGGAGCCGUGCAAGAGAAGUCUAGAGAACUACGACGACGACGGUGAGGGUCCGGUACGCCAAUCAAUCAUCUUCACCUCGGCCUUCAUCCUUCACGUCUUCUUCGAAUGCUUUGCGUUUGGAAUUCAAGAGGAUGCAGUUUCAGUCACGUCGAUCUUCCUGGGAAUCGCCAUGCAUAAGGCGAUCGUCAUGUUUUCUCUUGGGAUGAAGCUCACGAGAACUCAUCCGCGACGCAGUUGGAUUGUCGUAAUUCUUAUUUUGGUUUUAGCACUGUUUAACGUGAUCGGCGGAACAGCUGGAAUUCUGAUCUCCAGCUCGAAUAUGAAUCAGACGCCGAAGGAUAUCACGACGGCGGUUUUGAUGAGCUUCUCCCUCGGCACUUUUCUCUAUAUCUCCUUUUUUGAGAUCCUUGCCCCAGAACGUGCCAACAACCACUCCAACAUCCUUCAGUGGAUCGCCAGUUUUGGAGGAUUCGCCCUUCUCGCUGUCAACAUGAUUUGGGCUACCUAAUCUUUUUUUUUUUUGUUUCACAAUUUCUUAACACCUUGCAUAUUAUACGUCAUAUCUGACAUACCGGUAGAUUUGAAAACAACAUUUAAAGAAAAAAUAAACUUAUUAUUUUU